AUGGAGGGCUUCUCGUCCACCUUCCCUCCACCCUACAGCGUGCUGUGCGCACCCGCUGCGGCCCCGGGGGGCGUCUGCUGGGCCAAGCGGGACCAGGCGCGCUUCGUGACGCCGCACGGCGUCAACUACCUGGAGCUGUGCAAGGCCAUCUUGGCCCAGGCGGGGCCGGCCAGCGGCACCCGGACCCGCGAGUGCGGCGUGCAGGUGAACGCCAAAGUGGACAAGACGGUGCAGUGCUCCCUGGGGCCCAAGACGCUCCUAGACCCGGGGGAGGGCGACCACCUCCAGCUCGAGGAGGAGGGCGAGGUCGGAGUUAAGGCGCCCAGCACGCCCCCUCCCGUGAGCCAGUUGCGCUUUUCCAUCUACUCGCCGGUGUUGUUCGAGCACCGAUUUCCGGCCGAGCUCGGUAACAGAAAGUCGGAGUCACGUGACGAGGAGGAAGACCACAAGACCCCCGUCCAUCGUCCCAAAAGGGGCUGCAACUUAAAGUUUCUGGAGCAGAGGUACGGCUUCUUCCACUGCAAGAAAUGUAACAUCCGCUGGGAGAGUGCUUACGUGUGGUGCAUCUCGGGAACCAACAAGGUGUACUACAAGCAGCUCUGCCGGAAGUGUCAGGUGGGCUUCAACCCCUACAGAGUGGAGUCCAUCGUAUGCAAGGGCUGCUCUGAGACGUGCUGCAGCUGCGAGAGGAAGCAGAGGCACAUCAACAUGACCAGGCCUCACCGCCAGGAUCUGUGUUGCCGCUGCCGGGGCAUGAAGCUCUCCUGCGACGCCACCUACAGCUUCAAGUACAUAGUUUGA